GCAGGAUCAGUUUCUGGUCAGUUUCUGCAAAGCUUCGGCUGCGAGGGGAGGCGGCCAGGUCGGCGUGCAACAGCAGCGGGACCGCGAAUCAACCCUUACCCCUCAGUCCCCCCCGCUGUCACCUCCACCUUCUGUGCAAACACCUCCCCGGGACCUCCCGAGCGAGCGGGGAGCUGACGCCAGCAUCUGCUGCUUUCAACAAAGAGCAGAGGGACCCAGCGAAGUGCAGCGCUGGCGAGCGGACAGUGAAAUCUCUCCCGUGUUUACUAAACAACAAGAAAAGUCAAAGCCUUUGAAGUAUUCCGAUCAAAGCGCCCGCUUCGUUUACAGGGUGCAGGUUCUGAUCAGCCGCUGCUGCUGGAAACGCUCACUGCAAAGUCUAACCCCGCUGACUUGGGAGGAUUGCAUUAGCCGGAGAGACUAUUUAAACGGGCGGCUUAUUUGAGACUUGCACCGGCACUCUUGCCUUUUCCGCACCCCGACUGGCGAAGGGUAUGUCUCUGUGAGUGAGCAUCGGGCAAGACUUGGAGCCAAGAAUGGAGCCAUUCCUGCACGGGCUGUUGCUGGCAACCCUCUCCCAGUCGCUGCUGUUCGGGAGCUGUCGGGGCAUCGGUUCCAUCGACCACGAGCGGGGCAGGGAAGCCAAGUGCGAGGCGAUCGAGAUCCCCAUGUGCCUGGGGAUAGGCUACAACAUGACCAGGAUGCCAAACUACAUGGGUCACCAGAACCAGAGGGAGGCGGCCAUCAAGCUGCACGAGUUCGCGCCGCUGGUCGAGUACGGCUGUCACGUCCACCUCCGGCUCUUCCUGUGCUCGCUCUACGCCCCGAUGUGCACGGACCAAGUGUCCACCUCCAUCCCCGCCUGCAGACCCAUGUGCGAGCAGGCGCGCAUGCGGUGCGCCCCCAUCAUGGCACAGUUCAACUUCGGCUGGCCCGAGUCGCUGGACUGCGCGAAGCUGCCCACCAGGAACGACCCCAACGCCCUGUGCAUGGAAGCGCCGGAGAACGCAACCGGCGAGCCGCAGAAGGGGCAGGGCAUGCUGCCCGUGGCUCCCCGCGCCAGGGUGCCCGGGGUUGUCGAUGGCCGGGGGCAGGCUCCGCUCGGCUCCUGUGACAACCCCGACAAGUUCCAGUACGUGGAGAAGAGCCUGACCUGCGCCCCCAAGUGCUCCGCCGGCGUGGACGUCUACUGGUCCAAGGGCGACAAGGACUUCGCGUUCAUCUGGAUGGCGGUCUGGUCCACCUUGUGCUUCAUCUCCACGGCGUUCACCGUGCUGACCUUCCUGCUGGACCCCCACCGCUUCCAGUACCCCGAGAGGCCCAUCAUCUUCCUCUCCAUGUGCUACAACGUCUACUCGGUGGCCUUCAUCAUCCGCUCGGUGGCCGGGGCGGAGAACAUCGCCUGCGACCGCGAGAACGGGGAGCUGUAUGUCAUCCAGGAGGGACUGGAGAGCACGGGCUGCACCAUCGUCUUCCUCAUCCUCUACUACUUCGGCAUGGCCAGCUCGCUGUGGUGGGUCAUCCUCACCCUCACCUGGUUCCUGGCAGCGGGCAAGAAAUGGGGCCACGAGGCCAUCGAGGCCCACAGCAGCUACUUCCACAUGGCAGCCUGGGGGGUGCCAGCCAUGAAGACCAUCAUCAUACUGACCAUGAGGAAGGUGGCAGGCGAUGAGCUGACUGGCCUUUGCUACGUGGGCAGUAUGGACGUCAAUGCGCUGACGGGCUUUGUGCUCAUCCCCCUGUCCUGUUACUUGGUGAUCGGGACCUCCUUCAUCCUGACCGGCUUCGUGGCCCUCUUCCACAUCCGCAAGAUUAUGAAGACUGGCGGCACUAACACGGAGAAGCUUGAGAAGCUUAUGGUGAAAAUUGGAGUCUUCUCCAUACUGUACACUGUCCCAGCCACCUGCGUCAUUGUCUGCUAUUUCUAUGAAAGGUUGAACAUGGAUUAUUGGAAAGUGCUGGCCUCUGAGCAGCCCUGCCUGGUCUACCCGGGGAGGAGGACCAUGGACUGCACUCUGGACAUCUCCGUCCCUACCGUGGCGGUCUUCAUGCUGAAGAUCUUCAUGUCUUUGGUGGUGGGGAUCACCAGUGGGAUAUGGGUCUGGAGCUCAAAGACCCUGCAGACAUGGCAGAGUUUGUGCAGCAGAAAGCUGUCCAUGCCAACCCAGGGGAAGCCCUGCAGUGGGGUCAACUGCUCUGCCAGCCACUGCCAUUACAAAGCACCCUCAGUCAUGAUCCACAUGAGCAAAACAGACCCUUACCUAGACAAUCCAACCCACGUGUAGCUGAUACCAGGCUACAGGAAGCACAAGCAGAACGGUCAGCCCAGCGCACGGUUCGAGGACCAAAUUUCAGGCCACAGUUUACCAGUUUUAAUAGUCACAUUACUGAUGCCUCUUAUCCUGUAGGAUUUGUAUAGGGCUCCUGUAAAAUCUGUGUAAUGGCUUAAUUCCCACUCUGAGACCGAUCGGUGUAGGAUACUGGGGGAAAGCAGUCUUUUGAGAAAAGGUAUGGUGGCUCGACCCCUUCCAAGAUCUCCACACCAAUCAACUGGGCAAAAAGUGACCCGCCCACGACUCAGAACAGACGAUGGGGAAGUUCGGAUGUGUCUGUGAGCUGGAACUGAACUUUUGUUUUGGGGGUAAGCUCAUCUGAAUUUCACUGUGCCAACCCUGUGAAAGGGGAAAAGGUUAUUAGGGUCUCUAUGCAGUUUUAGAGCAGCCUCACUUCCAAAUGGACACAGUGGAAUUUCUAGAGUGUAUUGUAUCAAAGUAUAACAAAAAUAGUAAAUAUUGAUUGUUUUAAAUGUUAAUUUUUAAUCCUAAUAAUCUCUCACAUUCCCAAAGAUAUAUAAUUAUUUUUGUCAAAUCCCUGGUAUUUUGCUGCAGAUUUCUCUUUGAAUAAACUGAAAACUUCUUUUGGGGAGAUUAAAGCAGCGAGCAGCUGAUGAGAAGCAGGAAGCCCCAGGUUUAAUUACUAAUCUGUGCUGUCAGUUGUGGGCAGCAGGUGUGAGAAUAGGGCGAGGACUGCAGUUGGCUUUGCAGCCAGUCGCUGCUGCAGGUCACUGGACCCCACCCCCAACCCCCCCACUCCCCCCCCCGAAGAGGUGCGACUGUUUGUGUGGACCAAUGUGAUGUCCCUUGUGUUCCAGUAACACCCUGACACGCUGUCAGGGAUAAACAGUCAUGAGGAAUGACUGUCCAGCUGGGUAUGUGGGAGGAAGUGACAGUUUUCUGGUUAUAAGUACCUAUAACCUAGAGUACCACAGUUACUGCAGCAGACAGAAAGAUAGCAAAAAUCUUCAUUAAACUAGUCUGAGAACUGUAUGAUUUCCCGACCAAGGCUUGUUUGGUUCCCCAGCCCAGCUGACAUCCACCCCAAAGCAAAAUGUCCAAUUUUAAAAUGUUUCUUUCCCCUACAUUCAAUACUUUCCAUAUAAACACUUCAUUCUUCCAACAAAAAUAUUUCCAACUUGCGUUUGCAUUUCAGCACAAGGGACUUUUUAUACUUUUCAGUUUUAAAAAGUAUUUAACCCUGUCAGGGAAGAAGGUGAAACUAGGUUGCAGUUGUUAAUGUAGCAGGUAAACUAUGCUGACCCCAAGGUAUCGUGAUAAGAGUUAUUGACCAGUUUAAAGUGUUUCUGCAGUCUUUGAGCUACAACAGUUAUGCAGUUCCACUUUACGUGAGCGGAGUUCUAUUACUGCUGAAAUUCCCUUGUACCUAGGUGUUGCAAUUUUUUUCCCCAGCUGUUAGGAUGAUAGUUCGACUUCAGGAGAUGGGUUCCCAAAACUUUUCUGUUUUGGGGAAAGUCUCCCAUUCCCUGAUUUCCCCACCCCCAGAUCCUGGAAUGGGCCUUUUACGGCAAAUAAUAUUACUGGGCCAUCUAGCCUGGGUGGGGAGGAGUUUUAAGAGUGCCUUCUCUGAGCUGACGAGUGAUUUAAAACACAGUAAUAUCAGUGUAGCAAAGUUGAGCCCUCGCUGGCCGGAGUGAGGCAAGAUAAAACACACGAGCCACCCAGUUGCCAAGUCUGUCCACCCAGUUGCUGGGAGUAUCAUCAGAUAAGGAACGGAUGGUUCAGUCAUGUUACUCCUCACAGUCGAAUUCCUUGCUGUCGAACCUUAAGUGUGGCUAAAUGAACAAAAUAAAGAAUGUGGUGGAGCUAAACGCACUAUCAGAAAUGAAGCUGAGAAAAUGGUUAGAAAAUCCCUUUAGAAGAAUGUCAAAGUUGUCACCCAAUUUUGUAAAUGUUUGUUACCUUUCCUAAAAAGAAAUGCAAACGUCCUCUCACAGCUUGCCAUCAUCCCAGGGCAGUAACUUUGGGCAUCUGAGCAACUUAUUAAUUUCAGCUGUUGCGAGUAAAGGAUUAUCGUGAAGCCGUCACCCUGUCAGCGAUGGGUUAAUGAUGCAGUGCGUGCUAACAGUCUGCUCAGGUUGCUGCACGGCCUUUCUGGAGGGCAGCGAUCGGCAGGCGACGAAUGAGGUGCUAGAGCAGCUAGGGAGUUGAGCAAAGAAGCCGCAGAGCGCAGGUUGUCUUCCAGCGAGGGGAGAGGUGGGGAAGGUGGUGCCACUGAUAAUGGGCGAUGCUCUCCACUCAUCUGGGGUCAUUACAGAGAGCUGGAAUUAUCAACCUUAAAUUCAACUUCUAAUCUCCAAACCCCUAAGUUUCCUAUUGUGCAAUAUAAUACCUCAAGAAGGAAAUGAGAAGGAUGGGAACCCCUCUCCUUUACCUCUAAUUUUUGUGUUGGUGUCUCAUUGCAUCUUGAGUUUUCUUCUGUAUAUAUGCUUUGUGCAUUAGUUGUAAUUUUUUUUGUGUGUGGUGCUGCUUUUGCAUUCCUGCCAACCCCACCCCUCCCGGUGUUGUGGAGCAAGGUGCACAGUUGAGCUGGGGGUGGGGGUGGGGGGGAGGGGGAGCCGUGGCUGUGUCAAUGCAUCUUACUGUCAGAGUCACACUGCGAGCUACAGAACACCCUGCCGGCAAAGCUGUUAACACGAGAUGCGGCUGCAUUCAGAUAGGGUGCUGAGGAAGGUCAGUGGGUGUCACCGUUUGCCAGUAUUUUAGUGUUUUACCUUCUCAACGUCAAAAUAAGUGGAGCACGCACCAGAUCUAGCAGCGAGCAUAGUUCGUAUAAACCCUUCCCAUCAGCUCUGCAGAAGGUCCCAGGGCUUUUCUCCCCCCUUCAGAAUCUUCCCACCCUUGGUGAGAGUUCCCUGCUGUUGUAAUGUCUCAUUCAGCCACUUCUAUUUAUCAGCUCUGUGAAACAGCACAACAAUUUAACAUUGGCCCUUUAAACAGCCCAGCACCUCGAUGUUGUUGCAUUUAACAGCCCAGAACAUCAACAAUGCCCCCUGUUAAACAUCCCUGACAAAAAAAAAUAGCUUUUUAUGAACAAACCAGCUCUUGUCCAAAAAUCUAUCAAUUUCACUUGUGAUUCAUAUUUUUGAAUGGCCUUCUCCUGUUUUGGAGAUUAGACCAUUUCCUAUUAAGUGGUAUUUUAACUGAGAUUCUCUGGUGACCAAUAUGAUAUUGAGAUCCUUUUGGCCUAAAGGGGAUAGGUCUGGCAGCACAAUAAUGCAACAUGAUUUGGCACUCCCGUCACAUUAAACAUCUGAUGUAACAUGUAACUAUUACGAUCUGCUAGCCUGCUUGCAUUUCAGUUUUGAAUGAGUUGGCAAGUAGUAUUUCUAAAUAAAGGCUCUUGGAGUUCAGAGUCUGCUCGCUCAAUGAUGUGGCAAUGAAUGAAGAGGUUUGGUGAUGAACACCGGAAUUAUCAUCGGCACUUCACCGCCAAGGUGCAAGAAAUAAGCCCAAGUUGCCUGCUCCGCUUGAUGAUUUGUUCCACGUCAGGGAAGCUACUUUCUAGUGCUGGAGUGGGUCAUCUCGUCUGAAAAGUAGAACCAAAACUUUCGGUGUCACAGUGCCAUGGCAAGUAGAGUGGCUGCCUCAUGGCUGCAAUGACAUGGGUUCAGUCCUGACCUGUGGAGAUUACACAUUCUCCCUCGGACUGCAGGAGUUUCCCCAGGUACCUUUGACUUUCAAAAUAUGUGGAGGUUGCUAGGUGAGUCGGCCUUAGUGGUGCUGGGGGUUGUUGGGAAUGUGGGGACAAGAGCAUGGGAUCCGUGUAAAACAAGAGCUUGGUGGUCAGUAUGGACCGGGUGGGCCAAAGGGCCGCUUUCUCAUCUUGUGCGAGUGGCAUUUAAUGCUAAGCUGAUGAGUAAUUUAAAAUCGGAGGGCGAGAUUCCUUUCUUGGUUAAUUAAAGUAUUAAGACAUCUGGGGCAUGGUCAGAUGUGGCAGUGUUCGCGAUGAGUAAGAGUAGUGACCUUAGGAACUGGAGGCUUCCUCCAGGGAAGGGAAAUGGUGGUCAGCUGCAAAGAUCCUGGAAGCAAGUGAUCUAUUGGCUGUAUAUUGUUCAGGCAACAAGUGACGGUCCCUGGAACAAAGUCGCAGAACGCUGUAUGUCUGAACCUAAUGAGUCGGCACCUUAAGGCUAAAGAGGAACAAAUUGGUCAAGGGAAUGAAUCCUGGGUUUGGAAAAUUUAUUUUUAAUUAGAAUUUCCAGGAAAGUAUAUAUGUCAUGAUAUAUUUUAGGAAGCUUUUUUAUUUCUGAGUUUAGUUCCUUCACCACCUCAUGGCACCUGACACAGUUGCUAUGGACCAGGUUGGUGAUGGGAAGGGGAUGCCAUUGCUGGAAUAUGAAGUGUAUUGGCAGUGUUUAAAUUUCAACACUUAGCUGAAAGAUUGUCACCAAAGCUCUUACUUCUUUCUAAAAUAUAAAGUACAUUCAUUUUCACCUGCUUCCAAGGAUUUAUACAGGAGCAUAAUCUCCCGUAGAAUGCCUCCUCAUUGAUUUGACAGCUGCUGUUCUUUUACUUGAGACUAAUUACUUUGCCUAAGAGUUUUAUUUAGAGAUACAGCGUAGAACGAGCUGCAUCACCCAGCACCCCACCCAGUUAACCCUCGCCUGGUCACAGGACAAUUUACAAUGAGCAAUUAACCCUCCAACCGGUACGUUUUUGGGGUGUGGGAGGAAAACCACGCAGUCAUGGGGGAGAACAUACAAACUCUUUACAGUCAGCAUCGGAAUUGUGCUCUGAACUCUGAACUCCGAACUCCAAACUCCGAUGGCCCGAGCCAUGAUACCAUUGAGCUAACUGCUACGCUGCCGUUUUCUAAAGGGGUCCUGAGGUUGGGGUUUUCACCAACCAGUUCUGUAGAACGGGAAAUCAUAGCUGCUAUUCUCAGAGUUAACUUGGCGUAUUUGGCAGCGUGCUUGAUUUUAGUUCGGGCGGUCUAGUUUUAAAUCCCAUUCCAAGACCUGAAUGUAUAUCUGAGCUGACAUUUUUGUGCUGCUUUGGGGUAAUUCUCCAUUAUCUGGUGCAGCCUUUUGAUUGAGAUGUUAAAUAUAUUAAAAUAUGGCGACAUGGAAAAAUAAUUAUCACCCAGAUUUCUGAAUGUUUGUUACCUUUCCUUAAAAAAAAUGUAAAAUCUCCCCUGUUUGGAUAGCGUUGAAAUGACUCUAAUUCCCUGAUUGGUUCUGAAUCACGAGAAGGCCAACUCACACAAACGGGACCUAGUCAAGGAAUAGCCAGUAGCCAUAACAAAAAUAACCCCCCCCCCCCACCCACCCAGUGCCCCACUGUGUCCUGAAGGUAGAACCCAGGCCCCAUCUAACACUCCACCCAUGGGGUCAAGGGUGUGUGUAUUCAGGGAAGGCAGGUAAGGACAGAAGGAGAUUGAAUGGGUGAGUGAGCUUGGAUGUGGGUUUAUGACUGUCACCAAUGUAUUUUCCUGCAUUUCCAUGUUCCUGCUCACUAUACUGUAUUGUGUUAGCCUCCAGUGGAGGCUCUGCAAAUGGAUUGUAUUGCCUGCAGUUCACUUCUCUUCAUCCUCUCAAUGAUUGUAGAUUUAUUAAUUUAUGGUAAGACAAACAAUAGAAUAUCAUUUUUGUAUAUGUUUAUGAUAGUUUAAAUGCAAAUAUAUA